GAGCUAUGUGUCGCUGCAGCAGCGCGCACAGAUGAUAAUGGAGGAGGCCGAGGGCAAGGUGGGCGAGGUGGGCGAGGGGGCCAACUCGCACUCCACUUAUCAGUUCAUCAAACCAACACACUUUCCUCUUUCCCACCUCCCCUUCCAUCCCGUCCCCUUCUCUCCCAUCACUCCCUCCUCCAUCCCUUGCCACACCCCUAUCGCCCACCUCAAGUUCCGUCUGGGUAUAAUGGAGGAGCCAUCAGUGCCGCUGCAGCAGCGAGCACAGAUGACAAUGGAGGAGGCCAAAGGCAAGGUGGGCGAGGGGGCCAACACGUCCCACACAGCACUCCCUUUUCUGCUCUUUACCUCCUCCCUCGCCCCAUCUCCCUCCCUCCAUCCCCCCCUCUCCGUCUCUCCUCUCUCCCCCAUCCCACCUCCAGACCUCAAGUUCCGUCUGGGUAUAAUGGAGGAGCCAUCAGUGCCGCUGCAGCAGCGAGCACAGAUGACAAUGGAGGAGGCCAAAGGCAAGGUGGGCGAGGGGGCGUCCUUCUUCUGGCGGGGCGUCAGGCUGUUGGCUGGCGAUGUGGCGUAUUCGGCGCGACUCUUCUGGGUCGCUGCUACCGGCACCACGCUCAAAGCCAGAGAGGAGGCCAAGGGCAAGGUGGGCGAGGGCGCGCCCUUCUUCUGGCGGGGCGUCAGGCUGCUGGUUGGCGAUGUGGCCUACUCUACUCGGCUCUUCUGGGUCGCUGCUACCGGCACCACGCUCAAAGCCAGAGAGGUGAGGCCAGGGGCAAUUUCAGAGGGGUUGAGAGGUGCAAACCCUGCGCCGACGGCCACUGACCUCCUCGUCGUGAUCCCCUUCGCCAUCAUCCUCAUCGCGCCCAUCACCCCUCCCAUGCCAUCGCCCCUGUCCCCUAUCGCCCACCAGGUGCAAACCCUGCGACGCACGGCCACAGAUCUGUUGGUCGUGAUCCCCUUCGCCAUCAUCCUCAUCGCGCCCAUCACCCCGGUGGGCCACGUGGCAGUCUUUGGCUUCCUGCAGCGCUACUUCCCCGGUUUCUUCCCCUCCGCCUUCUCCUCGCGCCGGCAAGAGGUGAUGGUCCGUUAUGAGAACCUCAAGCUACAGAUGGCUACCGCCUCGGGAUCUGAGAAGGAGAAAGUCCAGGCCAUGGCUGCUGCAGCGGCCACUGAGACCUUCGAAGCCUCGGAAGAGGAUUCAGCAGGAGGAGGAGGCAUGGGGAUGCACGGGGGAGUGGGAGGAGUCGUCGAGAAUUUGGAGAGACGAGCGGGCGAAGCUGCUGCUGCUGCAGGAGAAGCUUCCGGGAAUCUCCCGCCUGGUGUCAAGCCUGAGGGAAGCGGAUGGGAGGAGAGAUGGGGAGGCGGGGGAGAAGCCGGAGGGAGGGCUGGCUUCGUCCCUGCAAGCCUUGGCCUCACCUCUUUUGUCAUCUUCUGCUGUUACAUCCUCCCCAUCCCCCUCGUCAUCCCUUUCCUCCCCCUCUUCCUCUGA